AUGGCUGAACACCCUUCUUUCACUCUCGCUGCCCUCCUGCCCAUCGGAGGCACCGUUGGGUUCUUGAAGACCCGGUCGGCUCCCUCCUUGAUUGCCGGUGUUGGACUCGGUGUUUCCUAUGCAUACUCCGGAUACUUGAUCAAGGAGAACAAAGACUACGGCACUGAACUUGCCCUGGGUAACAGUAUCCUCCUCCUGGGUUCUGCGAUUCCUCGAAUCAUCAAGACCAAGGCUAGAGCUGCUAUGCCUUUGGCACUCGGUGCCACGGGUCUGUUGGCAUCAUUUUACUACCAGAAGAAGGUCCGAGAGUUCCGUUUCGGAGUCUAG